AUCUUCACUUCAGUUUCACUUCUGCUUAUCUCUGUGUCUGUCCUCUUCAAACUUCAAACCAGCAUUUAGAACUCAGAAGGCAGACAUGUUGUCCAUGGCACUUCUUCAGCCAAACGUGGUUCCCACUCUCUCUCUAAAGCCUUCAAUUUUUCCAUCGCAAUCUCAAAGCCUCACCCUUAGACCCCUCAAAGCCUCAUCCUUUCCCAAUCCAAAGCCCUUCUUCUCUUCUUUAACACCAAACCCUUCAAAGCUCUCUGCUUUUGCGGCACAAUCUGAAACUGCUCCACAAAUUGUUGCCGAAGAUGAUGCCACUUCUUCAGAUUCCCCUCCCCAGCCUCAGCCUCAGCCUCAGCCUCAGAAGCUUGGAGUGGUAGUGAAGCCAACGGAGAAGCCAAGACUUGUGUUGAAGUUCAUAUGGAUGGAGAAGAACAUUGGCAUUGCACUUGAUCAAAUGAUACCAGGACAUGGAACUAUCCCUCUGAGCCCUUAUUACUUUUGGCCAAGGAAAGAUGCUUGGGAAGAGCUCAAGGAAUUGCUUGAGAGCAAGCCUUGGAUAUCUCAGAAGCAGAUGAUCAUUCUCCUCAAUCAAGCCACUGAUAUCAUCAAUUUAUGGCAGCAGAGUGGUGGCAACCUCGCAUAAGCUUCACUGUACAAUAUUUGUGGAUGCAAACCAAACCUUUUUCUUAUUUUUCAUUCUUCUUGUUUAAUGUUUUUAGUGUCAAUAGAAUGUUCCCCUCUUAAAAUUAUGGUUAUUCUGUUGUAUUGCAUUGCACUCUACAUCUCUCUCUUUCUGCUAUGUUGCUAUGUUAUCCCACAUAAGUCACCAAUUCUUUUA